UAAAUAACAAUUAGUUUUGAAAAAUAAGAUAUAAUAAGUAUUUUAUGGUAAAUAAAAUGCCGCUCGUGUAUAACCUUGGGGAUUUCCAGCAAAAAUGGAAACCCACCUGUUGAUUGUGAGUUAUUAUUUACCUUCGGUAGCUGUGCCAAGAUGAAUUAUUAAGUACUACAUUGAAAUGUAUUAUCAUUUAAAGUCAUUACUUACAAUUAACGUAACACGAAUCGUUUUAGAAAUGUCCGAUGAGGAUCUGAAGGAAUUACUCGAGCAGACUUUGAGGACCAAUAGAAUGCUCGCCUUGGAGAACGAUGUCUUCGAAAGGUAUCUGACUCGUUACGAUCCUCAGUGCUUACAAACAAUGGCGCAGAUCUUGGAGUCAGCGAAACAAGCCCAGAUGGUUGCUUCUCAGCUUGCCCCGAUUUCCUCAGUUCUGAGCUUAACCGGAAGUGGGGUAGGCCCUGCGAUAUCUCGUGAUAAGAACGGGAAAGCUUCCCCGAGUAUCAGCAGCUUGCAGACUUUUGGAAGUCGACGUUUCACCGGAAUCCAGACGAUACCUACGCAGAAGGGUUUCAAAAUCACUCUGACUCAUCGGAUGGAAAUGGCCUCCCGGGAAAUCGAAGAAAUGAAGAGGAACCUGCUGAGCCUGGAAAAAGUAGCCGCGAAGAAGAGGGCCAACUUGGCCGCAGAGAUCGAAGAGGUCAAGCUCCGCAUCAUGGAGACCACGGAUGCAGCCCUGGAAUUAGACCAAGUAGUAAAAAAAGGGCUCGACCCCAUAAGUGGGAAAAUACCCGCGGAAAAAUUCAUCAGAUAUAUGGAAGACUGGCUGAAAACGGCGGACAGCAUCGUGGAGAAGCUGAGGCUGAAGAGCUCCACCUUGAAGAGUCAGAUUAAAAAGGCGAAGCAGCAGUUGCAACAGAGGGAAGAAACAGGGGAGACCUUGCGUGCCAUAGAUUUUGAGCAGCUGGCUAUAGAGAACCAGGAUUACGUGAGGAAAAUCGAGGAAAAGAAUCAUUACCUCCUGGAGAUGAAGAAGAUCAGCGGUACUUAUCACGCGAAGGUCAUCCUCGAUUUCCGGAAGCUUGUCCCCCAUUUAAUAGUCAUUUUCUCCGUAGGUCGUUACGGCUUGGAGCUCACCGAUCAGAAGCAAAAGCUCAAUGAUCAGAUGUCCACCUUGAAGACGAUCAAGAAGGACAUCGAGGCGAAGAAGCAGCAAAUUUCCAAGCUGGAAAACCAGCGGAUCAACACCGAGACCGAAGUGCAGAAAACCAGUCAGCAAGUGGCCUCCAUUCUUCAGCUGAUGGAUGAAUACACGGCCCCCGAGGUUCUAGACUUCGUGAAAAUUCAGGCCGAAUUGCGAGAGAUGCAGAAAACGUACAAGCGGCUCGACAGGCAUAAAAACAUCCAGAUGAUUACGAUUAAAACCUGCAAGAAGAGAUUGGAAGGAAUUAAACAGGACACCAAGCCCUCUACGAGAUCCUGAAUUUUUAAAAUUAAUUUAAACAAUUAUUAGCAACCUAGUUCUAGUCAAGGAGAUAUUAAAUCCUGUAAAUAAAAUAAUACCAUUGUCUGGUAUUUUUCAUUAUAAAAUAUUCUAUUUCUGUAAAUAUUGGAGAUAUGUUGUGCCUAAGCGGUACUUUCCGUUCAAGAUAGUUAUUUUCUAUGACUAAUUCCAUUUUCCCGUUAAUGUCCAGGACCGUUGCCUUCUUUUUUCUAGGUUUUGAGAUUCCAGGGAGCACUUAUUUCCGGUGGAAACGGUUGAAAGUGCAAACACCCCUCUUUCUCUUUCGUUCCCGUAACUGUAAAGCUUCCUGGCUUCACUUGGAAGCUCCCUAUUGCCCUUCCACGAAGCGUCCAACGCCUUGGUGAUCCUCCGGGAGGAGGAGAGUCAUCCGAAGAGGAGUGUACGCAAUUAUUGUCAGGAUAAUUACCGUGUGGCCGCACCGUCACAGAUUGCGCCACGAGAUAAUUGGUCACUACGGUCACUCUAGCCCGAGAGAGUCGAGUCGAAAUCGUAAUAUUUUCCAGAAUACUCCCCUUGCGACCUCGAAGAUGCUGAAUUAAACUCUCAAAAUACCGUCACGUAAUAUCUCGUGUUAAUAUUC